GAGAUAAACACAGGAAGUAGAGCAAGCCUUUUUAAUUCGCUUGAUCCCUCCAGAGCUCCUUGUGCCCGUGAGUGCGUGCAGAUUUUUCCCAUGGGAUGACCAGUGACGACUCGUGGGAUCUGGAGAGCUGGGGCUGGACUGUACUUUCCAGCUACUCUUCAGUGCUAGACUUUGAGAGCGAGCUCAGGAUUGGGCCCGUCUACGAGUCACCCAGGAUGUCCAGACGCAGUCUCCGUCUGCACACCACCACGGGUCAAUAUGGAGACGACAGUUUGCUUGACUCGGCACUCCACCACAGCGCCCCCUACAGCCGUGAUAAGACUCUAAGCAGAAGAGCUUAUCACUCUGUUUUAGGGUCAACACAGAUUGUUCAAACACCAAGGUCUGCCACACCGUCAGUCCUCCAAGCCCAUUACAGCACCAUCAACAGCUGUGCGCCCAGUGAUGGCUCUCUGCUGUCCUCUCUGCUAGAUGAGUCCUCUAUACAGGAACGCACUGUAGUUGACAGCUUCUGGGGUUUGGACGAAGACCGUGACAUCAAGGACCAAACUAUCAUUGCACACCAUAGCACAGUGGAGGCCAAAACACAGACUUCUACAGCACAGAACGGCUACAUCUGCAAAGACUGCCCCAUCACCCCUCCCUCCAAGAACAACAGUUUCCUUCAUAAUGCUCCUGGGCAUCAGCUGUCGUUAACGGAGACACCCAGCACAGCUUCCUUUCCAAACACUACAUUGUACUGCAGGGACAACAAUCGCAGACACAAGCCAGGGGUACUGGGGAUGUUGGUUGAGAUGUUCCUUCAUAGCAGCGGGCAAAUUGCUGCAUUUGUGGUGUACAUAUGCACACUGCUGAUGCAGAUGGCUCUACUCAAAGGCCUGCUGUUAUCAGUGUUUCACUGGUUUGUGCGGGUGUGUAAUGGAGUUGCUCGCUCCACAGCCACUGUGCUGAAGAAGAUGCUGCAGUCUGUUCAGCAGAAGAGAGCUACAAAUGGCUGUACUAACAGAGGCAAUGAGAAAUACUACAGCAGUAUGAGUGUUAAAGAGGUAGUGCUGCAAAAGGAGCAGCCAAAGUUCAGCGGCAUACUGUGUGAUGACUGCAAAAGGAAACAUAAUUUUGCAAAGGACAUCCAGUCUUCCCAGGAACAGAAGCCUGUAGGGACAUUAUGGUGGCUCAUAGUUUUUACAGGGAGGGCAACCUCAGGAAGUUUCUUUUGGCUUGUCAAUUUCUUUGCAAAGUCUCUCCCUAUGCUUUCAAAAGUCCUAUUUCUUGUACCUUUCCUUCUGUUCUUCGCUCUCUGCUACUGGGGGCCUUCUGGACUGGUGGCCAUGCUGCCUGCUGUUAAUGUGAUGGAGUGGAGGGACUCAUCCCAUCUCAACCCUCCGAUCAUGGGCGACUCCGAGAAGGGACAAACUCCCACUGACACGGCCUCUCAGAGGCCCUCUGUGCUGUCAGUAGAGGCAGAGAGGCUGAUGCAUUUGGAGGAGAGCUUGUCUCAGCUGUGGGAUCGAGUGGCUGGGGGUUUGCUCAGGCAGGAAGAGCAGCACACUGAAGUGCUCAGUCUGUAUAACACGCUGCGAUCAGAGCUUCACAGACACACAGACAGAGAGAGCCUGGGCCAGUGGAUAGGAGACCUGCUGGAGGAGAGAUUCAGCCUGCUGAAGGGAGAAGUGCAGAAAGAGGCCAAGAACACGCAACAGCGUCAGGAAAAGCACGCAGAAGAGCAACAGUCAGAGAACACUCGACUCGCUGAAGCUGAGGCUCUGCUCCAGAAAUUGGCACGCAAAACUGAGGAGCUGCAGAGAAAACAAGAGCCCGCAUUGCAAAAGAUUCCUGAGGCUGAGGCGCCCACCCCUGAUCCUGACAGCGAGGAGGAUGAAAGCGGCUCCAGUGAGGUUUUGCUGGCGGAGGUGAGGAGGCUAGAGGAGGCUUUGGAGCGCAUCAGAGAUGAUGUGCAGGGGCUGGUGGGAUGCAGAGACAAAUGUGAGCAGCUGGCCUCCUUUUCAAGCUCAGUGUCGGAGCAGGUGGAAAGGGAAAUCAAGUCUCUGUUUUACGGCAGUGACCGAGCAGCAGAGCUGGAGCUUCCUGAAUCUCUCCUGCAGUGGCUCUCUGAUCACUUUGUGAGCACCACCGAACUGCAGGCUUCACUCAGCGUGCUGGAGAGCAGCAUUCUGGGUAACCUGUCCCUUCAGGUAGAGGAGGGCAAGUCAAGGCCUUCUAAAGAGACAAUCACUCGGACUGUACUACAAGCCACAGGGGAGGCAGGCCUCUCUGAGGAACAUGUAGAGUUGAUUGUCAACAAUGCAAUGAAGCUCUACUCUGAAGACCGCACUGGUCUGGUGGACUAUGCAUUGGAAUCUGGAGGAGGCAGCAUCAUAAGCACUCGUUGCUCAGAGUCCUUCAACACCAAAACAGCACUGAUGAGUCUGUUUGGCCUCCCGCUGUGGUACUUCUCUCAGUCACCACGUGUAGUCAUACAGCCAGACGUGCAUCCUGGGAACUGCUGGGCAUUUAAAGGUUCAUAUGGUUAUCUGGUGAUCGGCUUGUCCAUGAAGAUUGUGCCUACAGCCUUUUCUCUGGAUCAUUUGCCCAAAUCCCUGUCGCCCACCGGCAACAUUAGCAGUGCCCCACGAGACUUCAAUGUAUAUGGUCUUGAUGAUGAGCAGCAGGAAGAGGGGCAGUUGCUCGGACAGUUUGUCUAUGAAGAAGAUGGAGAUGCUCUUCAGACCUUCUUGGUCUCUGAGGAAGUGACGAGAGCUUUUCAGAUCAUUGAGAUGAGAGUGCUGUCUAACUGGGGUCAUCCUGAAUACACUUGUGUGUACCGUUUCCGGGUGCAUGGGAAGCUUGUUGAUGAAUGACUUGCAAGCACUUGGGACAUUAUGAACUCCUGACAAUUGUCACUCAUGCACUGGAAAAAAGAGGAAUAGUCACUCUUAAGAAACAAAUAAUGUGCCAUAGAGCUACACAGUUAAUAUACGAUUGCAUGCUGGUACAUGUACUGUUAGGCCUCAAGGUCACACUCAGCACUUGCACUCGUCUCAUUCUGAUGCAUCACACUGUUUCCAAUUUUGUCAGUCAUCAGGGUUAUGCUUUUUUCAUUAUUAUUAUUAUUAUUAUAUCUGUUAGAAUUCACCAGCAAAAAAUGCAUGACAAUUCUACAAACAAACCAGUGAAGAAUGUAUUUUAGACUAAAUGUAAAUUUUGUUAAUAAGUUCUUCAAUUUUGUGCUUUUUGUUUUCAUUUUGUUUUUUGCUAGCUGAUAUGUGCCCUAUUUAAGAAUGGCUAGAGAAAUAUAACUAUUUAUUUUUUGUAUUUAAGUUGAUAAGGUGAGUUUGGAUAUUCAUGAUCUUUAUGCAAAGGAUUUUGUAAUUGCCAUGUGAUCUUUAUAGGUUGGCUUUUCAAAUAAAAUUCUAUUUUUUAUUAUUUUAAAAAAA